AAUAACACUUCCCAUUCGAAUACAAAAGCCUUGGUAUUUAUUUGAUUAUCUCUAUAAGUUUACAACAAUAGCUCAAGAUGAAUUGUCUCAAAAGACUAAGCUUCAUGAUUAUACGAGAAAGAUGAUUGAAUUAAAUAAAUCCAUCAAAAAUGAUAGUAACCACAGUUUGUUGCGAAUUUUUCUCGACAUAUCUGAAAAUAAUCCACAGUUUACAGAGGAUGACGUUGUUAACGAGAUUUGCACAUUUAUGUUAGCAGGCCAAGAUUCGGUUGCAGCAGCUGUAGCUUUUUCGCUUCAUUGUUUGGCUUAUAACCAAGAAGCUCAAGCAAAAGUAUGUCAAGAACUUGAUGAAAUUUUCAAUGGAAGUGAUCGAUGUGCAGAUGCAAGCGAUUUAAGGAAAAUGAGAUAUUUGGAACAAUGCAUUAAAGAAACUUUAAGAUUAUAUCCAAGUGUUCCAAUUAUUGCAAGAAAACUAUCUGAAGAUGUUACGAUAG